GAAGCCGGGAUUUCUCCUUACAGUUUUGAACUCUGAUUUUCUUGAUAAUGACGUGCCAUGGAUUUCUGAUGAAACCGAAACCGAAAUCAUUUGGGCGUCAUAAACAUGGAAGGAGAAACCACCAUCAUCAGCAUCAUCAAUCUAGAUGUUCGGCUGCGGCCGUUGCAGCAGCUGGCUCCAUCUUCAGGUCCCUCAACACGUCUAUCUUCACAUUCCAUAACCGCCUCUUGCGUUGCGUGUCUAGGUUUUUCCGUCUAGCCACCACAUCAAGUGCAACUCCUAGCCAUCGAGCCACCGUGAAACAAGGCUACAAAAAGCUCCAGAAACCCGAGUAUCAGCCUCAUCUGAGAAAACGUAAUGACAAGAAAAGGACGGUCGUUCUUGAUCUUGAUGAGACAUUGGUGCACUCAACAAUGGAACCACCAACCAGGGUUAAUGCCGAUUUCAUGGUGAGGAUAAAGAUGGAAGGAGAGGUUAUACCGAUGUUUGUGGUGAAACGACCAGGAGUUACAGAGUUUCUUGAAAGGAUCAGUAAGAACUACCGAGUGGCAAUUUUCACAGCCGGGUUACCAGAAUAUGCUUCACAGAUUCUGGACAAACUUGACAAGAACCGUGUGAUCUCACAGAGGCUAUAUCGAGAUUCAUGCACAGAAAUGAAUGGAAGAUAUGCCAAAGACUUAUCUCUGGUGAUCAAAACCGACCUCGGGAGUGUUUUGCUAGUUGACGAUAACCCUUUCUCCUACUCGUUGCAGCCGGACAAUGGAGUUCCCAUUAUACCUUUUGUGGAUGACAUGGAAGAUCAAGAACUGAUGAAGCUUGCUGAAUUCUUUGAUAGAUGUUAUCAGUACGAAGAUCUGAGGGAUGCAGCUACAGAGUUUCUAUCUAAGAAGCUGAUUUGA